AUGUUUAAAUCACUGAUGAUAAAAUUCAAUAAAGUGAAGCCAAUGGAAGGGAGGACCGAAAAGGAAUCCUACCCUCACCUGCAUGGUCAGUCUCAGCCACCCACAGCACAGGGAGAAAACAAAAGUGAAAAAGAAUCUCUAAGGACCAGAAGGACACCAGUCACAGGUGAAAAGUCACACACCAAAGAAGACAACAUCACUGAGGAAGAUUCCCUCAGAGAUUUUACCACAAAUCCUGACUCUGAGUGUCCAGCAGAACCCACUGGAACAAUGUCGGAGAUGGAACAAACCAGGACUAGGAGAGAAAGACCAGUCAGCUUUAAGAGCAAACUGCUUGAAGACUCAAUUAUAAAUGGAUAUGCUGAUGCCCAUCUACACAAACUGGUAGAAAGGAUGCGUGAAAGGACUGCUCUCUACAAGAGAAGACUGACAGAAGGAGAGCACUCACCCUUACCCGAAGCUAGUCCUCAAACUAUGAAGUCUACAGACAUAUCACCAACACAAGACAAGAAUUCUAAGCUAAAAGAGCAUCACCAAGGCAAGUGGUCAUGCAAACUCCAGAGGUCACCUGAGAACGAGCACUUUAAAAGAAUGAGACUUCCAAGAAGCAUAGAUUCAUACACAGAUCGAAUCUAUCUCCUGUGGCUCCUGCUUGUCACCAUUGCCUAUCACUGGAACUGUUGGCUGCUACCGGUGCGCCUUGCCUUUCCAUACCAAACACCAGAAAACAGGCAUUACUGGAUUAUUACUGACAUCAUAUGUGAUAUCAUCUACCUUGGUGAUAUGUUAUUGAUCCAGCCAAGACUCCAGUUUGUAAGAGGAGGAGAAAUUAUUGUAGAUUCAAAUGAGCUGAAGAGACACUACCGGAGCUCUACGAGAUUUCAGAUGGAUGUCAUAUCUCUAUUGCCAUUUGAAGUUCUCUACAUCUUCUUUGGAUUUAAUCCAAUAUUUAGAAUAAACCGGAUACUAAAGUACACUUCAUUCAUUGAGUUUAAUAAUCGCCUCGAGUCUAUAAUGGAUAAAGCAUAUAUCUACAGAGUCAUCCGGACAACUGGCUACUUGCUGUUCCUGCUGCACAUUAAUGCCUGUGUUUAUUACUGGGCCUCAGACUAUGAAGGAAUUGGCACAACUAAAUGGGUCUAUAAUGGCGAAGGAAACAAGUAUCUGAGAUGUUACUAUUGGGCAGUUCGAACUUUAAUUACAAUUGGGGGCCUUCCAGAGCCACAGACUUCUUUUGAAAUUGUUUUUCAACUCCUGAAUUUUUUUUCUGGAGUUUUUGUGUUCUCCAGCUUAAUUGGUCAGAUGCGUGAUGUAAUUGGAGCAGCAACAGCCAAUCAGAACAACUUCCACAUCUGCAUGGACCAUGUCAUUGCCUACAUGAACAAAUACUCAAUUCCUCAGAGUGUGCAGUAUCGAGUUCGGACUUGGCUGGAAUAUACAUGGAACUCUCAGAGACUACUAGAUGAGUCCAAUUUGCUUGAGAACCUACCAACAGCAAUGCAGUUAUCUCUCGCCAUUGACACAAACUUCAGUAUCAUCAACCAAGUAGAGUUGUUCAAGGGCUGUGACACACAGAUGAUUUAUGACCUACUGCUAAGAUUGAAAUCCACUAUUUAUUUACCUGGUGACUUUGUCUGCAAAAAGGGAGAAAUUGGUAAGGAAAUGUACAUCAUCAAGCAUGGAGAAGUCCAAGUUCUUGGAGGCCAUGAUGGUGCUCAAGUUCUGGUUACUCUAAAAGCUGGAGCAGUAUUUGGAGAAGUCAGCCUCCUGGCAAAAGCAGGGGGAAACCAUCGAACUGCUAACGUGGUGGCCCAUGGGUUUGCCAAUCUUUUAAUUCUGGACAAAAAGACUCUCCAAGAAAUUCUGUUACAUUAUCCAUCUUCUAAAAAGCUCCUCAUGAAGAAGACCAGGGUUCUUUUAAGCCAGAAGGAGAAGACUACGAAGGCAACCUCUCCCAAAACAGGACCUGCCUUUCUUUUCCCACCAAAAGAAGAGACACCCAAAAUGUUUAAAGCUCUCCAAGGAAGCACAGCAAGAAUAGACCUUGAAAGACUCCUCAAAGGCAAGAGAGAACACGUCGCUCAGUUCUUUAUCAUGGCUUCUUCUAGAAAAAAGGUGAAAAUUCCAAAGGAAGAGAGAGGAAAGGAAAAUAAUAUGAAGAUCAAGGAACAGAGCCAGCAGAAAAAAACACCGGACGGGUCCAACUGCAGAGUAAGUUCUAUUACAGCAGAGGAAAUGCCCCAGUUGAUUAAAGAGGCAGUUUCACAAGGAACCGCCCGUCAAUCACUCAUCAUCAGUAUGGCUCCUGCUACUGAGACUGGGGAAGCAUUUCUGACUAUUGCAAUCAAAGAAAAGGCUAAGCAGUAAGUGUUUGAUUAUCUUUAGAUAGAAUCUAGUUCAUUCCCAAAGAGAUGGUAACCAGGAUUGUAGCUUAAAUUAAUGAGGGAAACUAACCUCUGGGGGACCUGUGGAAACUCCAGGCAAAUCCACAGCUUCAUUUUCAGGACUUAUCUGACAAUGGUUUUAUUCAUUGACCAACCCUAGUUUCCACUGUUACCAGCUUCGAGCAAUUGCUAUUUCUUUUAAAUGUCUAUAGUAGUUAUUUUUCCUCUUCUCUCCUGAUGAUGUUUCCUUGUUCUCCUUUGAUAAACUUGAUUUAAUGUUACCGUGAUUUACUGUCCUUUCUGCCUACAUUUUUGCGCUAUGUUAUAUCUGGCACAGCACUGUUAAUAUUGGCCAAGUGUCCCAGGUAGACUCAUCUUACCUCUUAUGUAUAGUGGAAGGGUGUGAAUGUUUUAAUAAAAUAGGUCAUGAAUC